ACUCGUUGUUUCGCUAACUUGAAACAAACUAAAAGGGAAGGCUGGUGGACAAUAACUUCUCGAGUCAUGUACCAUCUUAAAACGAUGAUCCCAGUUCUUUUAGGGGAGUUAGAGGUCUAAAUGUCUGUGUAAGGGUCUCCAGACAUCGGGCUGCUCAGCUCACCAACCCGCUCUGGUUUUAAUAGCCACUGUUAGCCUGCGGAUGCUAACUUCAAGCUCGAAGCUACCAACAGGACAAGCCGAGACUGCAGAACUCCAACUGUAUUGUCGUUGUUUUUAUUUUUAUUUUUAUUUUUAUUUCCUCUACCGCCGCCGCACCGCCAGCACAGUGAGUGAUGUGGAAAGUAACCGCGCAAGCGUUCGGUGUUUUGCUGUUAGCCUGGUUCUUUGGGAACUUUGUUCUGGGAUGGUUUCAACAAAACAACGCGAAGCCUCAAACGCAGCACAGUGAGCAUCCGAGCGCAGCAGCAGCGGACAGCCAGGACCAGAGCUGCUUCUGCCAUCUGACAGGAGUCCUGGACGACUGCUUCUGUGACGUCGAGAGCAUCGACGUGUUCAACAACUUCAAGAUUUACCCUCGCAUCAAGAAGCUGACGGAGAAAGACUACUUCAGAUACUACAGAGUGAACUUGAAGCGACCAUGUCCCUUCUGGCCUGACGACGGACAUUGCUCCAUCAAAGAUUGCCAUGUGGAGCCCUGCCCAGAGAGUAAGAUCCCAGUGGGCAUCAAGUCUGGGAACUACAACAAGUACUCCCAGGCAGCGAACACGAUGUCGGACGCCACAGAGUGUGAACAGGCCAACGAACUGGGCGCCAUCAACAGCACCCUGAGUAACCAAAGCAAAGAGGCGUUUGCUGACUGGGCGAGACACGACGAUGCUCAGGACCACUUUUGUGAGCUGGAUGAUGAAACCUCUCCAGAUUCUGAGUACGUGGAUCUGCUGCUGAAUCCGGAGCGAUUCACCGGAUACAAGGGUCCUUCAGCCUGGAGAGUCUGGAACAGCAUCUACGAGGAAAACUGCUUCAAGCCCAGAUCAGUGUACCGACCUCUGAACCCUCUGGCUCCGAGCAGAGGAGACGACGAUGGAGAGGGUUUCUACAAGUGGCUCGAAGGUUUGUGUUUAGAGAAGCGAGUUUUCUACCGACUCAUCUCGGGCCUCCACAGCAGCAUCAACAUCCACCUGUGUGCCGAGUACCUGCUGGAUGAGGGUUGGGGCCGUUCAGUCUGGGGUCCAAACGUUCAGGAGUUCCGGCAUCGCUUCGACACGGCGGAGACGAAGGGCGAGGGCACGCGGCGGCUGAAGAACCUGUACUUCCUGUACCUGAUUGAGCUGCGAGCACUCUACAAGGUGGCUCCAUACUUCGAACGGGCCUUUGUUAACCUGUACACUGGAAACGCUCAGGAGGACGGGGCCACCAAGGACCUGCUGCUGCAAGUCUUCAAUGAGAUCAGAGCUUUCCCAAUGCACUUUGAUGAGAAGUCCAUGUUCGCCGGACACAAAAUAGAAGCCAAAACAUUAAAGGAGGAAUUCCGCCUCCAUUUUAAAAACAUCUCUAGGAUCAUGGACUGUGUCGGCUGCAGCAAAUGUCGACUGUGGGGAAAACUACAGACUCAGGGUCUGGGGACAGCUCUGAAGAUCCUCUUCUCUGAGAAGGAGAUCCAGAACCUUCCUGAACACAGUCCCUCUAAAGGUUUCCAGCUGACCCGACAGGAGAUCGUGGCCUUACUGAAUGGCUUCGGCAGGUUGUCCACCAGUAUACAUCAACUGCACAAUUUCCGCCUGCUUUUGAAGGAGAAAAGGUAACAGACGGUGAUGUUUCACCCGGCCAGUAGGUGGUGCCUCGGAGAACUGCAAUAGUCUAAUCCUCGCCCUGAAGAAGCCCUUUCUCAUGGACAUCAGGAUCAGCAGCGAACCCUACAAACAACAUUCCUAAACCACUUCUCCCUCUCUUCUCUCCCUCCUCCUCUGUCAGAUAGAUCAUGAAUGUUAACUCUUCUGCCUCCUCUUGCCUACGUCAGAGAAGUCUCUGAAAACUUCACCUGACAUCUUUUUUCUCUGCAGUAAAACGUGUCGGUGAUGAACUCUGACCUUUUUUCUUUUUCAUUUAAAUAUUAUUUCUUUUGGUCUGUUUUGAGAAGUUGAGCUGUGAAAUCAGCAGAUGUUCGACAAUCUGAAGGGAAUAAUUGGGACGGGAAGCAACGAGGGGAAAAAACAUGUCUUAAAUCACUUCCUCGUUCAUUUGUCUGUUUCUGGCUGACCCCGCCCUCUGCUGAUAUCACAUCCUGUUGGACUUGUGUACCUGAGGCCGACCUUCACGGCUGUCCUGUGAAGAUGUAGAAAAAGGACUCGAUUUGUCCAGAUUAAAACGUCAGGACGCUGCUGCUGCCGCCAGUUUGUUUUAUAUAUUUUCCUUUCUUCCUCUCCUCUCUCUUCCUCUUCUGUUGUUUUUAGAGAAGUUUGUUGCUCAAAGCCUGAGGAUCUGGACCAAUCUGCUCAUGUUAACCAUCUCAGGCCUAUGUAAUGUCCGCUUGCUAGAAGGUUUGUGUGUGUGUGUGUGUGUGUGUGUGUAUGCAGACAUAUGUGAGAAGUUUCCGCUGGCCCCACAUGCUGCUGGGUUUUUGACACAGCUGAUCAGAAGCUUGUGGACAUUUUUUGAAGGCGUCUUCGGACAUUAAACGUGUGAAAUAUCUCCGCAGUGACGAGGUGAAUCAGAUUAACUUUAUGAAUUCGAACGUUUUAUUUUGCAAAGUGUGUAAAAUAUAAAACAUCUAGAAAAUCAAGUUUUUACAUUAAAAAAAAAAUUUGGAAACUCUGGAUCCACCAACUCCCCCUACAAACCAAUGCUGUCAUCCCACCGAUACUGGAUUUCUGAGGUGUGAGAAAAAUAAGUGCCAAUUUUGAAGAUUUAUGUUGAUGAAAAUAUUUAACUCAGAAUCCAGCAGACCAGAGACCAGGACUGUGUCCGAAUAUCUUAUCUCAGCGCCGUUAAUUAUGUUAUUGUCACACAAGUGGUCAGUGGUUUACUUUUUCUAUCAGCGCAAUACAAGAUAGUAUAUACGUCUCUGUGUCUGGGGACUCUGGUUCUAACACUUGAUAUUAAAAAUAAGUUGAACAUUUGUCUGGCAGAUUAAACCAAACACACACCUUUAAUUAGCUCUGUGAUUCGUCUGAUAUAUCAACAUGAAGCAACCGAUUUCAUUCUAAGCUGAAGAAGCUGAACACGUUGGUGGUGUUUGCACGUGUGUGUGUGUGUGUGUGUGUGUGUGUGUAGAUCAACAGUUGCAGCUAUAAAAUAAUGGACUACGACUUGAUUCAAUAGUAAAAUAACCAUAAACUUGAUUCAGUAGCAGAUUUUUGCUCUUGCGAUAACUAGUGAUGCUUUUCGAGUUUCUGGAUUAAUGUUGCUGCCUGUCUGUCUAGUUGCUGCUUCGGCCAUGUCGUCUUCUCAAGACACAAGUUUGUUCAAGACAGAUUUAUUAGAUUUAUUUAAAUGGAAAAGCUAGGAUUUGUAAGUUUUCUCAGUGUUUAUAUUUCAAAUGUGAGCAAAGCGGAGGUGCAACGGCAGAGGGGAAAAAAUAUUCUCCUUAAAUGGUCAGUCUGGUGUUAUUCUAUAUAUCUUUGUACCUCAUUUCUGUCUGAUUCUCGGCUCCAAGUCCAUUGGUUCCUACUGAAGAUAUAAAUCCACCUCUCAAAUAUAUAGUUUAAUGUUUAAAAAAAAAAAAAAGUUUCAGUGGCGGAUGAAUCCACAUGUGGCGCUCUAUAGUGAGUAUUUGAGGCAGCAGGACGGUGUAUGUGGGACUGAGUGGGUUUGACAGAAUAAAAUAUAGAAUAUCACCAGACUUUAAAUUUACCACGGCGUAUGAGAGAAAAUGACAGGUGAUAACAAAGAGAGCCUGCAACGUCAAACAAGCAAAGGACGCGGAGCCCGUCCAUCUUACGUUGACGUCAUUAGACUGCAUGCUGCAUUCGUGACAUCACCUGUAUGUUUCUGAUGCCUGAGAAGAGCUGCAACCACAGCUGAAUGUGAUGGGCUAAGACAUUCGUCAAUCAAACAAACAAAAAUCACCCUUUUGUCAGCCUUAAUAGAAAGCCUAAGUCCCUCCCCUUCUGGUGGACCACCAUGGGACCUUAUUUUGCAAAAAAAGAGACAACUAAUGUUUAUAUCCCGUUUGAAUAUUGUCCUGAAUUACACACGUUUGUCUGUGUUUAAAAGAUGAUUGAAGUCAAGAAAGUCGCAGUUUGUUUUAAAACUGUAAAUUUGUAAUUACAAAGAUCACAAACCAAAAAAUCUAAGCUAAGUUUACUGAAGCUAACAUCACUGAAGCUAAGGUGCCUGAAGCUUCCGUUACUGAAGCUAAGUGAAUUUCACGUUUCUGAAGCUGAAACUAAUGUCAAAGAGUCAUGUGUAGAUGAUGUGAUGAAAGGACCAGGAGUUGUUGGAUUAAACGCAUCAGGUGAAAUAAAUCUGUGCGUGGAACAUAGCUAAGCUACCUAGCUAGUAGCAAGUAAGCAAUGAACGUUAGCUUAGCAUUACAGUGCUAACACAUUAGUCACGUAUAUUGUGUGAGACAAGAGAUGGAGAUCAUUAAACGGUUUUACACAAAUGUAAAUGUUGCUUUAUUGCUUUACGACAAACUGCGACUUUCUUGACUUAAAUAAUCUUUAAACUGAAAAACAUCGUGUGUAAUUCAGGACACAAUUCAAAAGGGUUCUAAGCAUUAGUUGUCUCGCUAACUACUGUACAUAUUUUUUCUGAAAUAAGGUCCCUUGAGAGGGAAGGGGGAGGACUCCAUACUAUUACUAAUAUUGUCGUAGUGGGCGCCUAGUGGCUGUUAGGAGAACUGCAUAUUGGGAUAUUUUCGCGGUGGCGGUCGCUGCUUUGGCGUGUGUUAAAAGAUGACGCUGGAUGAGGCGUUUCCACACAUUUAGUCACAUUUCGACUGUUUCUUUUGUUCAGCAGUAAAAUGUGAAGUGGACCAAAGAAUUUUAAGUUAACUACAUUCGUUUGUGUUUGUGAUACCCAGGAAGUGUUUUUUAUCUUUUACUUGAUUGAUUCUAUGAUAGUUUGGAGACAUGAUGUUACAAUAAGUCCUGGCUUUUCAGAUGUUUAAGCUUUUGUUUUUUCUGGCCAUACAUUAUAAAUGCAGAUUUGGCUGAUGUGUCUUGUUCAAAAUCUAAAAAUAGGAUAUUGAAAAUAUCAGUACUCCUGCUUGGCCCUGCCGUGUGCUUUAACACAAUAUUGGAGCCUUUGUUUGUUUGAGGUGGGGGUUCAUUAAUGCUAUUUAAACUUGUUUUGUUUUUUGUGAGAAAUAAGGUUUGUGCCAACGAGACGGAAACAGUCGUCUGAGAGUUUGUGUUUCUGGGUGCAAAACAUAAAGUGUGCGUAAAAAAUAAAUAAGACAUAAAUAAAAAAUAAAACCCCUUAGUUUAAAAAGCAAUUAAAUAAUUCUUAAAUUUUCCAAUUGAAAUGUGGAUGAAACAAAAACUAAAAGUUUAAGUAAAUAAUCCUUUAAAAUCAGAAGCUGGAAACCCGGAAUAAUUUUUUUGUGAACUGAAACAUGAAGAGUCAGAUAGAUGGAAGUAAAUUUUUUCCUUUCAGUGAAAUUAAAAUUUAAAAUAGUACUCAGUAGUUUUUACGUUGCACAAGUAGGGAUUCUGCUGCUUAAACAUUUUAAACCAUUAUGACCUUUUUUGUUGCCUCCAUCAUUAUCAGGUUAUUAUAAAUUCGUCUUCCAGCCUCCGUAAGAGAGUCUGGCUUUGUUUCUUUGUGUGGAUGUGUAGCAGAAUGUGUGUAUGUGUGAGUAUGUGGGUGCAUGCCUUCCUCCGAGCCUUGCAUGCCUUCCAGCAGCUGGACAUCCCGCUCGGCAGCCUUAAAACUAAUUUGCUUUUUUUGGAAAAAAAAUGGUCUGCUUCAGAUUUUCACGCCCUGCAGUUUGUAAAAGGCAGCACACGUUGACGUUUUCUUUCUUUUGCUUUCUGAUCUCUAAGAAUAUAUAUAUAUAGUUGCACCAUGUCAAUGUGUGUACCUGUUGAGUAUAUUUAUUUGCACAGAGGAAUAAAUAUUUCUGGACAUCA